UGCUGACCCCGGGCAGGGAGAAGAAAAGCCAGAAAUAGUCAACAAAUUUCAAACACUAUAAAAACCUAUCCCAUUUUCUUCUUCUUUCAAAUUCUAGCUUCCGCCAUAAGCUUUACCUCUCCUUCUUCCCUCAAUCUCUUCUUGGCUAGCCUGGCUGGUUCGCUGGAUCUUCAAUGGCUCGAAACAAGGAGAAAUUAGUAUUGUUACUCGAUGUCGGUCCAUCAAUGCACGGCGUUCUUCCAGAAGUUGAAAAAGUCUGCUCCAUGUUAGUGGAGAAGAAGCUUAUUUUCAACAAAGAUGAUGAAGUGGGUGUCGUAGUAUUUGGAACUGAAGAAACUAACAACGAGCUUAUGGACGAAGUGGGUGGAUAUGAAAAUAUUGUAGUGUUACAAGAUAUCAAAGUUGUUGAUGGAGAUCUUAUUGACAUUCUAAAAAAACUGCCUCGAGGAACAGUGGAUGGUGAUUUUCUUGAUGCAAUUGUUGUGGGGAUGGAUAUGCUGAUAAAGAAAUAUAAAGGCAUAUACAAAGGAAAGAAACGCCUGUGCCUUAUUACUAAUGCAAUCCAUCCUACAAAGGACUCUUUGGAAGGAAGCAAAGAAGAUCAGGUUGGGACGCUCGCUGUGCAGAUGACUGCACAAGGUAUGAAAAUGGAAAGUAUUGUCGUGAGAGGAAUAUUAAGUCAGGAUGCUAAUAAGAGAAUAAUGGAUGAGAAUGAUCGUCUCUUGAGUAUAUUUUCAAAGAAAACCCGUUCACGGACUGUGUAUGUUGAUAGUCCAAUUUCAUUGCUGGGAGCACUUAAAACCCGAAGAGUAACUCCUGUAACAGUGUUCAGAGGUCAUCUUGAGCUCAGUCAGCAGAUGAAAAUUAAGGUUUGGGUUUAUAAAAAAACACAAGAGGAGAAGUUUCCAACUCUGAAGAAAUACUCAGAAAAGGCACCUUCAACUAGCAAGUUUGCAACACAUCAAGUCAUGGUUGAUUAUGAGUACAAAAGUGUUGAUGAUUCCAGUACAGUUGUACCACCAGAGCAAAGGAUUAAAGGCUACCGUUAUGGACCUCAAGUAGUUCCUAUAUCAGAUGCUGAACGGGAUGCUGUCAAGUUCAAACCAGAAAAGGGUGUAAAGCUUCUGGGAUUUACUGAUGCUUCAAACAUAAUACGACACUACUACAUGAAAGAUGUCUAUCUUUUUAUUGCUGAACCGGGCAAUACAAGAGCCAUUCUCGCAGUUUCUGCUAUAGCAAGAGCAAUGAAGGAAAUGAAUAAGGUUGCAAUCUUGCGAUGCGUUUGGAGACAGGGACAGCAAAAUGUUGUUGUGGGGGUCUUGACACCAAACAUUUCACAAAAUAAUAAAAUUCCUGAUUCAUUUUACUUCAAUGUACUUCCUUUUAUUGAGGACGUUCGUGAAUAUCAGUUCCCCUCUUUCAACAGUUUUCCUGCUUCAUGGCUGCCUAAUGAACAGCAGCAAAUGGCAGCAGAUGAAUUUGUGCAAAUGCUUAACCUUGCUCCAUCAGGAAAAGAGGAAGCAUUGUUGCCCGAGUUCACCCCAAAUCCUGUUCUAGAGCGUUUCUAUCAUCAUCUAGAGUUGAAAUCAAAGCAACCGGAUGCAGCUGUACCUCCGCUUGAUGAAACUCUAAAGAGGAUUACCGAACCUGAUCUGGAGCUUGAUUUUGAAAACAAGUCUGUUUUGGACUCAUUAUGUAAACACUUUGAACUCAAGGAAAAUUCAAAGCUGAAGAAGUCAGCGAGGCGGUUGUUGCCUGAGAAACCAUCUGGCUCAAAUGGGGAAGAUGGUAAUGGAAAUGUAUCUGAUGCUCGAGCUGUAGACUCCAUUGGACAGGAACCUGUAGUUAAAAUUGAGAAAAUUGGAGAUUUAACUCCAGUUCAAGAUUUUGAAGUCAUGAUGACUCGUAGAGAUAAUCCAGAAUGGGUUGGGAAAGCAAUCAGGGAAAUGAGAGAUAAAAUACUCAGCUUACUGACUAACUCUCAUGGAGGAGAUAAUUAUCUUGUAGCAGUGGAAUGCAUAAUUGCUCUUCGUAAGGGUUGCAUCCUUGAGCAAGUAUCUCCUUCUCCCUCCCUUUGCUUCUGUUGUUGCUUCUUCCUAAAUUUAUUAUGUGGGUUUAGGUGCUUUUGCUUGAUGGAACCAGGACCGUACAACAAUUUGAUGCGGUACCUUUACCGGUAUUGUCAGGAGAAAGAAAUCAGUACUUUCCCUAAACUUCUUGCAUCCAUGGAUGUCACUUUAAUCUCUAAAUCUGAAGCUGUUGACAGCAGUAAUUUUACUGACGAUGAGGCGAGAAGGUUUUUGGAUAAAAUAAAGCCAGAACCCAAGGAUUAGAGUUGUCUUACAUAUGUAUUUCUUGUAGUUGGUUCUCAGGUUAUUUGCAGUAAGCAUCAAACUUUCUUUUGUUAUAAACUAUGUACAUUUAUAACAUCUAAAUUCCAGGCAGUAUAUCUUUGAGUUUAUUUUCUCCAUUUUUCUUACCCAGACUCAGGAAGUUCCUAAUUUCUGUCUUGAUUGUUCAAAAUCUGUGCCGUUAUAUACAAAAAUUUUCCUUUAUUUUUUCUUUAUUUUUCUUCUUGGUUUGUGAAAGCCUCCAAGAAAACAUUUGGAGAAAAAUCAGGGAAGGGACCGUAAAUGAAACUUAAUACUAGUGGUAUAUCUUAUGGACAUCGAAAAAGAAUAAAGAAAAUAUUUCCUUCCUAAAUUCUUUGCUUUUGGACAAACGCAGCCAAGUCUCACGUUGGGAUUUUUCAUAUUUCCAAUGGUUAAUGGUUAAUUAAAAUAAAAUAAAACAGUAAUGAAACUUUUUUUUUUAUUAUAAUUCUCAGCUGAAAAUUGAUUGAUCUUUUUCGAUUUGUUUGAGAUGAGAAAACAAAAGAAACUCUCGGGUCGUGGACUGGUGGGCUUUGUUUAAAAGAAAAUCUUUGCGGGCGUGACAUAUCUAAAGUAUUCACCGCAACUAAAAUUUGGGCUCGUGAGGACACGCCCACAGCUUUUAGGU